CAUUGACAUUGAUAUAAGAAAAUUCCAAGAGAAUAUAUUAGUACGGUUUCUUUUGUUCUUAUUGUUCAUCUCUACUUCCAAAAUCAUUCCCAUUUCUUCAACCUCUCGCGUUUGAUCAGAUUCAGCGAGGUCAUGGGGUCGUGGUUCAGCUCAAACAAAUUCAGUAAAGAAGAGCAGAAUCAGUCGCUUAACGAGGCCAAGAAGAUAAUCUCCUCUAAUCCCGUUGUUGUUUUCAGCAAGACUUACUGUGGGUAUUGCUCGAGAGUCAAGGAGUUGCUCACACAGCUUGGAGCUAGUCAUAAGGUCAUUGAAUUGGACCAAAAAAGUGAUGGAGAUGCAAUUCAAUCAGCUUUAGCAGAGUGGACGGGUCAAACCUCGGUGCCUAACGUGUUUAUCGGAGGAAAACACAUCGGUGGUUGCGAUGCGGUUACAAAUAAGCACAGCAGUGGUCAGCUGAUGCCACUUCUUGCUGCUGCUGGUGCCAUCGCCAAUGACUCUGCUCAGCUAUGAACUUUGCUUCACUGCUUCACUAUGUAGCAAUGAAGCAAAUGUUUGUUGGUGUCUUCAAGAUUUAAUUUCAAAAACAGGUAUAAAUGUUCAUGUUUUAGUCAGUGUUGAAAGAUUGUCCAUUGUACUUUAAAAAAGGGUUUUAAAGUGUAAUAGGGUCGGGACCCUUUAUGUGUGAGAUAGGGUCGGGAUCGGGGAUGGAGAAUGUAACCUCUGUCUCCGGCGCUGUGUAGCUAACGAGGAGAAAUCUUUCUCCACUCCCUUCCUGUUCCCAUGUUUUGGGAUUCCUAGGAACGGGAUUCCUAGAGGUGGGUCCCGCAGGUUAAAUAAACCUAUCUAAUUAAAACUUUGAAUUUAUAACUGUAUCAUUUUACA